AUGAACGGCGAAUCGCUCGAUAGUUGUGUCGUCUUAUCACAAGAUCCAACGUUAAUCACAAGAUCAGUGGAAAUGACGGAAGAAAACAAAUCAAGGUUCGAUGUCCAACAAGUUUCCUGUAUAGUUAGAGACACACUCGACAAAAACAUCGGAAAUAAACCGUAUGACCACGAUCAAGUCAACCGAUGGUCGGCUACCAUUGUCGAUCAUACGUUAACUGGCCUAGGAGGAAUCGAGAAACCAUUUAAAUACGUUGUGCAUGCGGUUUUAAUGCAAAAGAAUGGUAUUGGUGCUCAUACCGCUAGUUCUUGUCUUUGGGACAAUACAAAGGAUGGUAGUUGUACUGUUCGCUGGGAAAACAAAUAUGUGUAUGCUAUUGUUUCGGUUUUUGGCUUAUAUAAUCCCUAA